UCUAAGAAGAAAAAAACAUUCCAACUCUGUGCUUAGCAAAAACAAAUAUAAUAAACCCUCCAACUCUCCAUAUCUUGUCGUUAACCUCCCGCGUCGCCACUAAAUCUUGUUACUAUGGACUACUACAACAUACUGAAAGUGAGUCGAAGCGCAACCGACAUUGAUGUGAAGAAAUCAUACAAAAAGCUUGCUAUGGUAUGGCACCCUGACAAAAACCCUAAUAACAGAGCCCAAGCCGAGUCCAAAUUCAAGCUCAUUUCUGAAGCCUACGAUGUUCUAACCGAUCCUCACAAGCGUAGGAUCUACGAUAAUUACGGCGAGGUAGCGCUCAAGUCUGGUGUUGUCCCACCACCACCACCUCAGAACCAUUCUCAUUAUCCAUAUGCAUCUUCUUCGUCUUCUUUUUCCUCAUCACGCCAGAACUAUGCCUCCUAUCGUUAUAAUCCUCGCACUCCACUUGAUAUUUAUACUGAGAUCUUUGGUCAUGAUGGUAUGGAAACCGGUGGCUCUCGGAGGACUUCGACUGGUGGACAUCCGAUGAAGAAAGCUCCUCCUAUUGAGCGUUCCUUGCUUUGCAGUCUGGAAGAUCUGUAUGCAGGGGUUGACAAGAAGAUGAAGAUUACCAGAACUAUAACUGGUCAUGAUGGGAAGAGCCGUAUUGAGGAGGAGAUUCUGACUAUUAAUAUAAAACCUGGCUGGAAGAAGGGGACAAAGAUUACCUUCGCUGAAAAGGGUGACCAAGAGCCUGGCAUCAUCCCAGCAGAUAUCAUUUUUGUAAUUGAGGAGAAACCACAUGCUUGUUAUAUAAGGAAUGGCAAUGAUCUGAUAGUUAACCAAGAGAUGACUCUGGUCGACGCCCUUACAAAUAAAUUAUUGGAAAUCCGUACCUUGGAUGGGAGGCAACUCAUGGUCCGGUUGUCAGGUAUAGUUACACCUGGCUAUGUGCACGUAGUACCUAGCGAAGGAAUGCCAUUAUCCAAAGAACCUGGAAAGAAGGGAAAUUUAAAAAUUAAGAUUAUUGACAUCAAGUAUCCGUCGAGUCUAACUCCUAGGCAAAAAUCUGAUCUGAGGGGAGUCUUGAGUUGAAUCAAGUAAACUUUUGUGUAUGCACAUUGUGAAUAUAUGAUGUGCAUGGUAUUUAUGCAUGUGAAUAGAGGUGCCAUACUUGAUUUUUUGCAGGGUAGGAAUCAUAAGUUAAUGGUAGGAAACAUCAAUCUUGGUGAAACAAAUAGGUAGUUAAGUUCUGUUGGUUUUUCAUUAUUUUCAUUAGCUUUUUUUUUUGGGGCUAAUUUUAGGUUUAUGGAGCCUUGAUUUGAUCACAAUGAAUCAUGUUUUACACAAUCUUAUUGGAUAUUUUGUGUUAUUUAUUUAUUUAUCACGGGUUAUUUGAUUGA